AUGAGAUCUGAGAAUUCUGAAAUUCAUGGAAUCCAAACUCAAGCCUCUCUCUCAUCAAUGUUAAGAAGCCUCGAGAUAAAAGUUGCUGACGCUGAGGCGCUACUCGAUUUCCCUCGUAGUUUGGUUGGAUCUGUUAAGUCUCUUAUGAAUGAAGGUGCUACUCAUUCUCAGUUUGUUUCUUCGUUGAUUCAACGUUAUGCUCCUUCGCCCAAUAGUUCUGUUGAUUGGCAAAAACUCUUCAAUUUUUCUCACAGUUCAUGGAUAUUCCACCAUGCUUGGUCCCAUGGAAAAUCAGUUGAAACAGCGCAACACGACAAUGUCUAG